UUCCUGUGUCGGCAGCCCUUUCAGAAUGGACACUUCACUGACUGCUGCUCAGAUCCGUGAGAAGUUCAUUGACUUCUUUCGUCUUCAUGAACACCAGUAUGUCCACUCGUCGGCCACCAUACCUUUGGACGACCCCACACUGCUCUUCGCCAACGCUGGCAUGAACCAGGUACGCUACAAUACUAUCACUGCCCAUCCAACAAUCUCUACCCCCUCCUUCCCAUCUGCAGGUCCAUAGUAAGUGUGGCCCCAUUGGCUAAUCAAGACCUCUCACCUCAGUGACUGUCUUGGCAUAGUGGAAAUAUACCCUCUGGGCAUGUCUUGUCCUAAAACAGAUGUUCCACUCUCCUGAUAUCAGUUUGUCCAUAUUUGAAGCUUUUUUUCAGUUGUAUUGUUAUUAGGCUAUUUGAUGAAAGUCCAACUUGUACUCAUCCCAAUGGUUAUCUCUCCAUCUUUCUUAUCUACCCUCUCUCUCCCCCCACCAACCCCUCCCAGUUCAAACCUAUUUUCCUGAACACCAUUGACCCGUCCCACCCCAUGGCCAGACUCAAGCGUGCAGCUAACACACAGAAGUGCAUCCGCGCUGGGGGCAAGCACAAUGACCUGGAUGAUGUGGGCAAGGACGUGUACCACCACACCUUCUUUGAGAUGCUGGGCUCCUGGUCCUUCGGAGACUACUUUAAGGUAAACCAGGCAGACCAACCAACCGCCUGUUAGACAGUGUUGUCAUCUGAUCUGUUGUGAUGCAGCAACAUUUAACAAGUCUCUCAAGAUGAAAGGUGUUGAUGUGUGUCAACGAUUAUCACUAUGUAAAUGUCGAUGUGUUUGCGUGUUAGGAAGAUUUAUUGCUUUAAUUGUCUCUAAUUUCCUUUCCUGCUGACUCCUCUCCCUGCAGCAUCUUGCCUGUACCAUGGCCCUGGAGUUGCUGACUAAGGAGUUUGGGAUUCCCAUCGAGCGCCUGUAUGCCACCUACUUCGGGGGUCACGAAGAAGCUGGGCUGGAGCCGGAUCUGGAGUGUAAACAGAUCUGGCUGGACCUCGGGUGAGUGAGUUUCAGGUGUAGGGUAUCCAUUAGGUAUCCAGAUCUACCUGAAUUUUACAAAUAGGCUGCCCCCUUUCUACUCUUGUUAAUGUGGUUAGUAACACUGUGUUGGGUGAUAAGUCUCUCAGGGUACGGUACCCUUUUCAAACCUCUAGAUGGCACUCUGCUGGUUACAAAAACAGUAGUUUUCUCUCUCUGUGCCUACAUUCCCUCCCUACCUGCUCCCACUGUGCCCUCUCUGUCUCACCUGUUUUACCUGUGUGUCCUCUCUGGGUGACAGGAUGGACGAGGCUCGUAUUCUGCCCGGCAGCAUGAAGGACAACUUCUGGGAGAUGGGGGACACAGGUCCUUGUGGGCCUUGCAGUGAGAUCCACUUUGAUCGCAUCGGGGGGAGAGAUGCUGCCCACCUGGUCAAUAUGGACGACCCCAACGUGCUGGAGAUCUGGAACCUGGUGUUCAUCCAGUUCAACAGGUAAAACAUUACAUUUACAUUUUAGUCAUUUAGCAGACGCUCUUAUCCAGAGCGACUUACAGUUAGUGAGUGCAUACAUGAUUUUUUUAUUUUAUAUACUGGCCCCCCGUGGGAAUCCAACCCACAACCCUGGCGUUGCAAACGCCAUGCUCUACCAACUGAGCUACAUCCCUGCCGGCCAUUCCCUCCCCUACCGUGGACGACGCUGGGCCAAUUGUGCGCCGACCCAUGGGUCUCCCGGUUGCGGCCGGCUACGACAGAGCCUGGAUACAUUUGACAUUUUAGUCAUUUAGCAGACGCUCUUAUCCAGAGCGACUUACAGUUAGUGAGUGCAUACAUUUUCCAUACUGGCCCCCCGUGGGAAACGAACCCAUAACCCUGGCGUUGCAAGUGCCAUGCUCUACCAACUGAGCUACAGGAGGCCCACAAAACAUGUAAAACAAGUGGCGUGUAAUAAGCUGUGUUAUGUGUUCUAAACGUAUGCCCACAUGGAGUCCCUUGUUCAAGUUCAAACAGUUCAAGUUAUGUAUAAUACAUAUGCAGAUGCGCACAUAGUCACAUACAAGCAUUAUGAUGUCACUGAACCUGUUUCCCCCUCCCCCUCACCAGGGAGUCUGAGACAGAGCUGAAGCCCCUGCCUAAGAAGAGUAUUGAUACAGGCAUGGGUCUGGAGCGUCUGGUCUCUGUGCUGCAGAACAAGAUGUCCAACUAUGACACAGACCUGUUCAUCCCCUACUUCCAGGCCAUCCAGAAGGCAAGCACCACUACCAGUCAUUAUUUAUUGAAUUGUGUGUUCUCUUUGCUCUGAAUGGCCUAGCUGACUGUACCACUGUGGUUGUUCCAAACAGGGCACAGGAGCCAGGGACUACACAGGAAAGGUUGGUGCUGAGGACGUAGAUGGCAUUGACAUGGCCUACCGUGUCCUGGCUGACCACGCCCGCACCAUCACCAUCGCCCUCUCUGACGGGGGCAGGCCAGACAACACAGGGAGAGGGUGAGCCCUUUUAACUGUCUGGCUGUCUUUGAUCUGUGUUUGUCUGAACAUCAGUCUCUUAAUGUGCACAUGUCAACCCUCUCCCUCUGUCUGUGUGCAGUUAUGUGUUGAGGAGGAUCCUGCGUCGUGCUGUGAGGUACUCUCACGAGAAGCUGGGUGCUCAGAGAGGCUUCUUUGCUACCCUAGUUGACGUGGUGGUAGAGUCCCUGGUAAGAAAUCUCAUCCCACUCCUACUCUUCAUGUUAUUAACUAUCAAUAUCUCUCUCUCCCUCUUAGUCAUCCUCCUGUCUUCCCCUGCUGUCCCCUCUCUCCAGGGUGAUGCCUUCCCUGAGCUGAAGAAGGACCCUGACAUGGUGAAGGAUAUCAUCAAUGAGGAGGAGGAGCAGUUCCUCAAGACGCUCAGCAGGGGGCGAAAGAUCCUGGACAGAAAGAUCCAGAGUCUGGGAGACAGCAAGACCAUCCCUGGUACUGAAGGGCCACAUUAGAAUAUGGGAUCAAUUAGAAACAUUUACGUUGUUGUCAAAACAGAAUGUUUCUGAACCCUUUUCUCCUCUCGUUCUCUCCCUGUGUAGGUGACACUGCCUGGUUGCUGUAUGACACAUACGGUUUCCCCCUGGAUCUCACUGCCCUCAUCGCUGAGGAGAGGGGGAUGAUGGUGGACGUUCCAGCUUUUGAGGAGGAGAAGAGGGCUGCCCAGGUGAGAGUGGAGAAAUGGUGACCAGUAGAAAAGAUAGCCUUGGAUUGGCAUGGGAGUUUAUGUGAAUUUUUUCAUUUGCCUGUAGAGGGGGAAAAUGCCUGUCUGAGGACUGCUUUGUGGAUGUACAAAGCCAGGAAUGCUUUCCUCUCUGUCAGCAUUUCUCAGUCAGUAUUGCACUAUUAAGUGAGAUAUGCCUUGCUCUGCUGAUUGGAUAAAGCAGUAUUUACAGUACAUUACAGAUCCAUUACAUUGCAAUGGUAAUUCAUACUGAAAAAGGUCAAAAUCACUUCAAUAAAGCCAUAUGAUAUCGGUGCUAAACAUGCAAGUUGGCUUUCUAUCUAAAGAAUGAGUAUGAUGCUUCAGCAUAAUGAAUGACUGAUCCAGCAUUAGAGUAAAGUUAGUUGGAGGUUUUUUGCAAUAGAAAUAGAACAGAGAUUGGGGAUUUGGUCUAAGGCCAUCUCCUCCAUGUCCUGCCCGCUCAGAUUAAGUCCCAGGGGAAGGGCUCUGGGGAUGAGGACCACAUCAUGCUGGACAUCUAUGCCAUCGAGGACCUACGCAAUAAGGGCAUCGCUGCUACUGACGACGCACCCAAGUAUAGCUACAGUGCUGACAACAGUGGCAAAUAUGGUAAGACAAACAAAAUCAACUCAAUUUCAUUAACCAACUCAAAGAUGGUUUGCUUGAUAUUUAUUCAAAUCAGUUUCUUGCUUGUGUCUGUGUUUAAUCUCUUGAUAUGUUUCUGUGGUUGUCCCAGAGUUUGAGCAGGCUGUGGGGACGGUGCUGGCUCUGAGAAGGGAGCGCGCCUUCGUGGAUGAGGUAACGACGGGGCAGGAGUGUGGGGUUCUGCUGGACCAGACCUCAUUCUAUGCUGAGCAGGGAGGACAGAGCUUCGACGAGGGCUACAUGCUGAGGGAGGACGACUCUGGAGAUGACGUAAGGACAAUCAAGCUAUGUUGGCCAUUAUUGUAACAAGCAUAUCAAACAGUUCAAUAACAUUCAAUCUGGAUAAUAACACAAAACAAAUUAUAAGGCUAGAGAAAUGUAUCGACAAAUAUUACAACAACAUGCAACACCCAAACAUGACGAAGAUAAACGAGGAGAAUCAAUCUCCAAGAGGAAACGCAACUCCUCGACUGAUACAGAUGAUUUAUGCUUUUCACAACUGGGACUGAUAAGUGUGGAAAGCGAUCUGUUGAAGUCGAUAAAUGACAAACUGGGCAUACUAGAGUUGGUCAGUAAUGAUGUAAAAGAGUUGAAGGCGAGUCUUGAAAUGAGUGACUGAAAAGCUGUGAUAAUGGAGAGCGAUACAAAAAAACUAAAAGGGACAGUCACUAGGAUGGAAACGGACGUUAAGGAACUUAAAAAGGAGAACAACUUUCAAGGAGAAGCCUUACUAGACAUACAAACUAGAUCGAUGAGAGAAAAUCUAGUACUUACGGGUAUCCAAGCUCCUGAGUGGCGCAGUGGUCUAAGGCACUGAUCGCAGUGCUAACUGUGCCACUAGAGAUCCUGGUUCGAAUCCAGGCUCUGUCGCAGCCGGCCGCGACCGGGAGACUCAUGGGCGGCGCACAAUUGGCCCAGCGUCGUCCAGGGUAGGGGAGGGAAUGGCCGGCAGGGAUGUAGCUCAGUUGAUAGAGCAUGGCGUUUGCAACGCCAGGGUUGUGGGUUCGAUUCCCAUGGGGGGCCAGUAUAAAAAAAUAAAUUUAAAAAAUAAUGUAUUCACUAACUGUAAGUCGCUCUGGAUAAGAGCGUCUGCUAAAUGACUAAAAUGUAAUGUAAAUAUAUCCAGGAAAAAGAGGGAAAGAUUACAGAAAAAAUUGUGAAGGACUUCUUUCUUACAGCGCUUCAAAUUCCACUCGAGGCUGUCGACAAAAUCCAACUCGAACGUGUACACCGUUUUGGACAAAGAGGACAGAGAUAUGAGCGUCCAAUCGUUGCCAAAUGUGCUUUUUUUAAGGAUAAAAGUAAUGGUUAAAAGCCUAGGUAAAAGACUUGCUGGCACGAAAAUAGGCAUGAAUGAUCAGUUCCCGAGGGAGAUUGCAGAAAGGCGCAAAGUUCUGUACCCAAUCUUCAAGGAAAAUAGAUUAAAAGGGAAGCAUGUUGCUCUUGUUGUCGAUAAACUAUAUAUUGACAACCAAAUAUUACACGACACAAAGACUACUCCAUGGCUAUUCUGAAAGUUCUAAUAGAGUCGUCGAAUAAUAGAACACCCAAUACUAGCCAUGGUAGGGAUUGUAAUAAUAAAGCACAUUUUAUAGUAGGUAUAGUAUUUUAUAAAGGUUUCCUCUUUAAGGAAUACCUGGGAUAGGAUAAAGUAAUCCUUCUACCCCCCCUUACCCCACCCACCCCCCCAAAAAAAAAAAAAACAUAUUGUAAAGUGGUUAUCCCACUGGCUAUAAGGUGAAUGCACCAAUUUGUAAGUCGCUCUGGAUAAGAGCGUCUGCUAAAUGACGUAAAUGUAAAUAAAGGGAUAAGACGGUAUUACAAGAAAAGAUAACAAGCUAAAACAAGCUAAAUCUUCAAAUACAACUAAAUUAGAACACAAGUACUCAAUCAACAUAGAGGAGAUAAAAACAUAGCAAACAGAAGACAUAGAAGGCACAGUAUGUGGGUAUGUGUGGCUGAAUUGUGAUGGAAGGUGUGGUGUACGUUUUUUGUGUUUUGAAUAAGUGUGGCGUUUAAGUGAGUGAGAAAGAAAAUGUUUGCAUAUCCCAGGACCAACGUGUGUCUGUGAGCAGGGGUUGUGAGAGAGAGCUUUCAAUUUUGUGCAGAUGAGGGAUAUACAUUUUAAAAUAUAGUAUACAUCUAAUAUAUGUUUUUAUUGUCCUAUCAUGAUGGAAUGAUCCCCAACCCUAUAUCCUAGACACCCACCUGAGCGACCCAUACACCAAAGAGAAGUCCCCAUCUGUUUUAUGGACCUGCUGUGAGUUGCCUAUAUGCAGCCAAAACAGAAAAUAAAUGCGGUCAGAGACCUACUUAAGCAGCACCGCUACCCCUCAAGAUUCUGAGCCUGCCUGGCAGGGUUGGUCCUACAAAGCCAGAGCCCUCUGAUGGGAGAGCAUAAUGUACAAGGAAAUUCUCAAAGCUGCUAAUGAGAACCUUGACGACCUUGUACCUAGCCGGUGGGGAUUCCGGUGGGGUACCCAGGUAGUUUCAGUGCUGGCAACACUGGCUGCAGUAACCCAUGAGGAGGAGGUCACACUCGGACAAUCAGAGAGGGGGCUUAUCAUUGUGGCCCAGGUGGCACAAAAUAAUCAAAGGUCUGACUGCACAGAGAUGCUUGGGAAAAAUGGUUACAACGGGGGACCAGAGUGUUUGUGUCUCAGGUGAAGAGGGUGGAUCUGAUCUCCAUCACCUAGGACUUGACAUAGAUUAAAUAGAGUAAUCAAAUCUCACAUUGUUGUAAAUUUUUGCUCAGUCUUGCAUGCUUUCUCAAACAGCUGUAACUGUAUAUGCAUUCGUAAAUCAGGUCCUUUCUUGAGUUGGGCUCUGGGAUGUAACAACCGUUGAGCAUCUGAUUUUAUGGUUGAUUGUGGAAGAAAGGGGUUUAGUGUGUUAGAGUGUGCGUGUGUGUUUAUCCCACAUCUGUUGCAAGGAGGUAAGGAUGUUAGGGAGAAUAUAGGAUGAACCACAAUAAUUGUUUGCUAAAAUAAGAAUUGCUUGUCAAAAAUGUAAUGUAAUACAAUGGCAAUUCGGGUUAUACAGUGGGGGAAAAAAGUAUUUAGUCAGCCACCAAUUGUGCAAGUUCUCCCACUUAAAAAGAUGAGAGAGGCCUGUAAUUUUCAUCAUAGGCCCUCCUACGGCCUCCUCCACGUCUCCUGAUGUACUGGCCUGUCUCCUGGUAGCGCCUCCAUGCUCUGGACACUAUGCUGACAGACACAGCAUACCUUCUUGCCACAGCUCGCAUUGAUGUGCCAUCCUGGAUGAGCUGCACUACCUGAGCCACUUGUGUGGGUUGUAGACUCCGUCUCAUGCUACCACUAGAGUGAAAGCACCGCCAGCAUUCAAAAGUGACCAAAACAUCAACCAGGAAGCAUAGGAACUGAGAAGUGGUCUGUGGUCACCACCUGAAGAACCACUUCUUUAUUGGGGGUGUCUUGCUAAUUGCCUAUAAUUUCCACCUGUUGUCUAUUCCAUUUGCACAACAGCAUGUGACAUUUAUGGUCAAUCAGUGUUGCUUCCUAAGUGGACAGUUUGAUUUCACAGAAGUGUGAUUGACUUGGAGUUACAUUGUGUUGUUUAAGUGUUCCCUUUAUUUUUUUGAGCAGUGUAUAUACAGUGGGGGAAAAAACUAUUUAGUCAGCCACCAAUUGUGCAAGUUCUCCCACUUAAAAAGAUGAGAGAGGCCUGUAAUUUUCAUCAUAGGUACACGUCAACUAUGACAGACAAAUUCAGAAAAAAAAAUCCAGAAAAUCACAUUGUAGGAUUUUUUAUGAAUUUAUUUGCAAAUUAUGGUGGAAAAUAAGUAUUUGGUCACCUACAAACAAGCAAGAUUUCUGGCUCUCACAGACCUGUAACUUCUUCUUUAAAAGGCUCCUCUGUCCUCCACUCGUUAUCUGUAUUAAUGGCACCUGUUUCAACUUGUUAUCAGUAUAAAAGACACCUGUCCACAACCUCAAACAGUCACACUCCAAACUCCACUAUGGCCAAGACCAAAGAGCUGUCAAAGGACACCAGAAACAAAAUUGUAGACCUGCACCAGGCUGGGAAGACUGAAUCUUCAAUAGGUAAGCAGCUUGGUUUGAAGAAAUCAACUGUGGGAGCAAUUAUUAGGAAAUGGAAGACAUACAAGACCACUGAUAAUCUCCCUCGAUCUGGGGCUCCACGCAAGAUCUCACCCCGUGGGGUCAAAAUGAUCACAAGAACGGUGAGCAAAAAUCCCAGAACCACACGGGGGGACCUAGUGAAUGACCUGCAGAGAGUUGGGACCAAAGUAACAAAGCCUACCAUCAAUAACACACUACGCCGCCAGGGACUCAAAUCCUGCAGUGCCAGACGUGUCCCCCUGCUUAAGCCAGUACAUAUCCAGGCCCGUCUGAAGUUUGCUAGAGUGCAUUUGGAUGAUCCAGAAGAGGAUUGGCAGAAUGUCAUAUGGUCAGAUGAAACCAAAAUAGAACUUCAACUCGUCGUGUUUGGAGGACAAAGAAUGCUGAGUUGCAUCCAAAGAACACCAUACCUACUGUGAAGCAUGGGGGUGGAAACAUCAUGCUUUGGGGCUGUUUUUCUGCAAAGGGACCAGGACGACUGAUCCGUGUAAAGGAAAGAAUGAAUGGGGCCAUGUAUCGUGAGAUUUUGAGUGAAAACCUCCUUCCAUCAGCAAGGGCAUUGAAGAUGAAACGUGGCUGGGUCUUUCAGCAUGACAAUGAUCCCAAACACACCGCCCGGGCAACGAAGGAGUGGCUUCGUAAGAAGCAUUUCAAGGUCCUGGAGUGGCCUAGCCAGUCUCCAGAUCUCAACCCCAUAGAAAAUCUUUGGAGGGAGUUGAAAGUCCGUGUUGCCCAGCGACAGCCCCAAAACAUCACUGCUCUAGAGGAGAUCAGCAUGGAGGAAUGGGCCAAAAUACCAGCAACAGUGUGUGAAAACCUUGUGAAGACUUACAGAAAACGUUUGACCUGUGUCAUUGCCAACAAAGGGUAUAUAACAAAGUAUUGAGAAACUUUUGUUAUUGACCAAAUACUUAUUUUCCACCAUAAUUUGCAAAUAAAUUCAUAAAAAAUCCUACAAUGUGAUUUUCUGGAUUUUUUUUCUUCUCAUUUUGUCUGUCAUAGUUGACGUAAUAAUAAUAUAAUAAUAAUAAUGAUAAUAAUAAUAUAAUAAUAAUAAUAAUAAUAAUAUAUAAUAUAAAUAAUAAUAAUAUAAUAAUAUAAUAUAAUAAUAAUAAUAAUAAUAAUAAUAAAUAAUAUAAUAAUAAUAAUAUAAUAAUAAUAAUAAUAAUAAUAAUAUGCCAUUUAGCAGACGCUUUUAUCCAAAGCGACUUACAGUCAUGCGUGCAUACAUUUUGUGACGUGUACCUGUGAAGAAAAUUACAGGCCUCUCUCAUCUUUUUAAGUGGGAGAACUUGCACAAUUGGUGGCUGACUAAAUACUUUUUUUCCCCACUGUAUAUAUACAGUGAGGGGAAAAAAGUAUUUGAUCCCCUGCUGAUUUUGUACGUUUGCCCACUGACAAAGACAUGAUCAGUCUAUAAUUUUAAUGGUAGGUUUAUUUUAACAGUGAGAGACAGAAUAACGACAAAAAAAUCCAGAAAAACGCAUGUCAAAAAAUUGAAUUGAAUUGAUUUGCAUUUUAAUUAGGGAAAUACGUUUUUGACCCCUCUGCAAAACAUGACUUAGUACUUGGUGGCAAAACCCUUGUUGGCAAUCACAGAGGUCAGACGUUUCUUGUAGUUGGCCACCAGGUUUGCACACAUCUCAGGAGGGAUUUUGUUCCACUCCUCUUUGCAGAUCUUCUCCAAAUCAUUAAGGUUUCGAGGCUGACGUUUGGCAACUCGAACCUUCAGCUCCCUCCACAGAUUUUCUAUGGGAUUAAGGUCUGGAGACUGGCUAGGCCACUCCAGGACCUUAAUAUGCUUCUUCUUGAGCCACUCCUUUGUUGCUUUGGUCGUGUGUUUUUGGUCAUUGUCGUGCUGGAAUACCCAUCCACGACCCAUUUUCAAUGCCCUGGCUGAGGGAAGGAGGUUCUCACCCAAGAUUUGACGGUACAUGGCCCCGUCCAUCGUCCCUUUGAUGCGGUGAAGUUGUCCUAUCCCCUUAGCAGAAAAACACCCCCAAAGCAUAAUGUUUCCACCUCCAUGUUUGACGGUGGGGAUGGUGUUCUUGGGGUCAUAGGCAGCAUUCCUCCUCCUCCAAACACGGCGAGUUGAGUUGAUGCCAAAGAGCUCGAUUUUGGUCUCAUCUGACCACAACACUUUCACCCAGUUCUCCACUGAAUCAUUCAGAUGUUCAUUGGCAAACUUCAGACGGGCCUGUAUAUGUGCUUUCUUGAGCAGGGGGACCUUGCGGGCGCUGCAGGAUUUCAGUCCUUCACGGCGUAGUGUGUUACCAAUUGUUUUCUUGGUGACUAUGGUCCCAGCUGCCUUGAGAUCAUUGACAAGAUCCUCCCGUGUAGUUCUGGGCUGAUUCCUCACCGUUCUCAUGAUCAUUGCAACUCCACGAGGUGAGAUCUUGCAUGGAGCCCCAGAAUAAUCGCACCAACUGUUGUCACCUUCUCACCAAGCUGCUUGCCGAUGGUCUUGUAGCCCAUUUCAGCCUUGUGUAGGUCUACAAUCUUGUCCCUGACAUCCUUGGAGAGCUCUUUGGUCUUGGCCAUGGUGGAGAGUUUGGAAUCUGAUUGAUUGCUUCUGUGGACAGGUGUCUUUUAUACAGGUAACAAACUGAGAUUAGGAGCACUCCCUUUAAGAGUGUGCUCCUAAUCUCAGCUCGUUACCUGUAUAAAAGACACCUGGGAGCCAGAAAUCUUUUUGAUUGAGAGGGGGUCAAAUACUUAUUUCCCUCAUUAAAAUGCAAAUCAAUUUAACAUUUUUGACAUUUGUUUUUCUGGAUUUUUUUGUUGUUAUUCUGUCUCUCACUGUUCAAAUAAACCUACCAUUAAAAUUAGAGACUGAUAAUUUCUUUGUCAGUGGGCAAACGUACAAAAUCAGCAGGGGAUCAAAUACUUUUUUCCCUCUCUGUAUAUAUUUACACACAUACACUUUUCUAAAAUAUAUUUCCCUUUUUUACAUUCCAACCCCAUAUAUUUAUAUUUCUAUUUGCGAGAAGAAAAAAAACAUAUGGGGGAUUGGAAGCGAUGCAGACAAUUACAUUGAUGGAAGUUUUAAUCUAUCUGCAAUAUUAAAGUUGAUCUACCCCCUUAAAAAAAUAAAAUAAUGUGAGGACACAUCACUAAGUUGUAAAAGCCAUAUCACACUACAUGUUACUCCCUUCCUCAGAGGAUGGAGUUCACAGUGAAGAACACUCAGGUUCGGGGUGGAUAUGUGAUGCACGUAGGAACGGUUUAUGGCACUCUGAAGGUGGGCGAUUGCGUCAUCCUGCACGUGGACGAGGUAAUGCAUCACUCAAAAGUUAAUUUUAUGACUCCGUUUUGAGAUAUUUCCUCAACUGACUUGAUAUUGAAAAAAAUGAAUUACGUCUCUGUCUAUUGUCCAACCUCCACCCCCUCUCUCAGGCUCGUCGUAGGCCCAUCAUGAGUAACCACACUGCCACCCACAUCCUGAACUUUGCCCUGCGGGGGGUCCUGGGAGAGGCUGACCAGCGUGGCUCCCUGGUGGCUCCUGACCGCCUGCGCUUUGACUUCACCGCCAAGGGUGCUCUGAGCACAGGAGAGGUGCGACGCACAGAGGAGAUUGCCUGCGCCAUGAUCCGUGACUCAAAGGUGAGAGGUCACAGGGCACUGAAAGUAUGAGUAGGGGUAAGUUUCUGUUUGAUCAAGUGUUGUAUUUACACUGAGAUCUUUGGUUUCUGGUGUUAUUGAUCUCAGGCCUUUUGUGUUGUUUUAUCUAAGCAUUCCUGGGCUGUUUUGCUUCUUCUUGGGCAAACAACAGCAUUGCACCUUAACAUUCCGCCUCAUCUCCCUUUUACUGUUAUACAAUAUGUCAGCCCAAGGCACCUGUCAUUAUUCUCUCCUCCUCCUCACAGAAUGCAAUGUUUUCAAGCAAGUAUUAUCAAGUCACGACAUCCGUUCUUUCUGUCUCUCUACAGCCUGUCUAUGCCAUGGAUGCCCCCCUGGCAGCAGCUAAAGCCAUCCAGGGACUACGGGCUGUGUUUGAUGAGACCUACCCUGACCCGGUGCGCGUGGUGUCCAUCGGCAUCCCCGUGGCUGACCUCCUGGCUGACCCCAGCAGCGCUGCCGGCUCUCUCACCUCCAUCGAGUUCUGUGGAGGAACGUGAGUACAAAGCGCACCUUUAGUUCAGAGGACCAGUCCCUUGGAAAUGGAGCAAAUGCAUUUAUUUGCAUAAUUACAUCUCAUGAUUCAGAAGUACAGAUAUUUUGUUUGAGAAUUUACCAUGAGAAUGUUGUUCAGUUUUUUCCUUACAUUCCAUGUAUAACUUCAGGCACUUGCGGAACUCUGGCCAUGCUGCACCUUUUGUCAUCGUGUCAGAGGAGGCCAUCGCCAAGGGAAUCCGCCGUAUCGUUGCAGUGACAGGAGCAGAGGCACAGAAGGUGAGAGGACAGAAAUGUUCCCAACUGUUGCUGGAUGUUUUGAAAUUUGUGUUCUUCAUUAUACUACAGCUUUUUAGUAAAAUAACUGGUUUAUGAUCCGUAUAGGUAUAGCUCUUUUCGUAGCAGCUAUUUACUCAACAGUAACUGUCUAUUUUGUUCUCUAACAUUGACUUGAACCCCCACCCCACCCUGCUCUGUCCAGGCCCAGAGGAAAGCAGAUGCUCUGAGACAGUCUCUGUCUGCUCUGGGGGAGAAGGUGAAGGCUCAGACCGCCCCCAAUAAAGACGUGCAGAAGGAAAUCGCUGACAUGACAGAGGUGAGAGCUGUCACAGCACUAUCUGCCUGCCUGUGUCUGUUUACCUGUUUGUUUGUUUGUCUGUUUGUUUACUUAUUCAGUCUCUGUUCUGUGUUGUUGCAGUCUCUGGGCUUGGCAGUGAUCUCCCAGUGGCAGAAAGAUGAGAUGAGGGAGGCUCUGAAGGGCCUGAAGAAGACCAUGGAUGACCUGGACCGUUCCAACAAGGCUGAUGUCCAGAAGAGGGUGAGAGAGAGCGGGGGGCCAGGCCUAGGCUAAGGGGGGUUGAUAGAGGUUUUAUGACUGGGUGAAGGGAUUAGUACAUGUCAGAAAAUGGUAUGCAGGGCCAUUCUAAAAGAGUGGUGUUUCUCAUGGUUGAGUGCUCUCCACCCCCCUCCCCUCCCCCAGGUUCUUGAAAAGACCAAGGAGAUGAUUGACAGCAGUCCUAACCAGCCACUGGUAGUCAUGGAGAUGGAAAGUGGAGCCUCUGCCAAGGUAACAAUAGCAUCCUUUCCUUUCCACUGCAUCCCAAAAAAUACCAUACCACAACACAGCACAGAUUGAGAUCCCUCAAUUCUAAUCAGAAGUGUAAUUCUUACCUGAUCUUUGUCUGCAUUUCUCUGUCCCAGGCUCUGAAUGAGUCUCUGAAGAUGCUGAAGACCCAGUCCCCCCAGACUGCUGCUAUGCUUUUCACUGUAGACAACGAAGCUGGAAAGAUAAUCUGUUUAUGCCAGGUGCCCCAGGUAAGCCAUGCGCUCAACCUACAUGUGUGUUUGCAUCCAUGCACACUAUAAUUCACAGAUGAGCUCCUUAUUUGUGUUUAAUGCAAUAACCUGCAUAUUUUCUUGGGACAGUAUCUUAUCUGUUGAUUUUCUCCUCUACCAGGAUGUUGCCAAACGGGGUCUGAAGGCCAGUGAGUGGGUGCAGGAGCUUUGCCCUCUGAUGGAUGGCAAGGGUGGUGGCAAGGAUAUGUCUGCCCAGGCCACUGGCAGGAACACACACUGCAUAGAAGAGGCACUACAGAUGGCCAACCAGUUUGCCCGCCUUAAACUGGGUGAAAACUAAUGUGGAGGAUGAGACUGGGGUGUGGUGAAGGAUUGUAGGGAAAACCCUUACCAGCCCCACCACCCACUGGAAUGUUCCAGCUGUUCUCUGUGACUUUGAACUGGACAUUCCAGACAGUAAAUUGUAUAGGAACAUUCACCUAUCUAAUGGUUAGAGAGGCAGAUGAAGGAGCCCUCUGUCUCUCUCUCUGAAAGGGAGAUGCACCUGCAAUUUAAGGAGGAUAUCAUGGUUUGAUCCGAUGCACAAUUCUAAUGGCUCCUUCUAAGAGGCUAAUCUCUUUGAUUGGGUAACUGAAUGAUUAUUGGUGUAUGCGAGAUGAUGCUAACCCGACAGCCUCCUACCUGAUCUGUCCUCUAGUAGUCAAAGCCCAACAACCACCCUCUUAAACCAUCCCUUUUAAACUAAUGAUGGAAAUACUCAAUGGUAAACUGCUUCUGUUCAUUGCCUGUUUCUCUCUAUUCCAUUGGCCUCUCCAUGUCAUUGUGUUUGUCUCACUUCCCCCUCCCUGACUGUGGGGAGAUGUGGUCUCUGCAGACUGGCUUUCCUGGGAGUUGUAAUGUCAAUUCACACCUACUACUGUACCUUAGUGUCUUAUUGUCCGACAUCUCUUUCAUAUGUAAUGUCCAAUAAUUAAUUGAGUCAAUGAAUUAAAUAAAUGGAUGACAUGACAUUGUCAAUUCUGUGAAAUGCAUUUUAUUGCCACUUCCUAGGAAUGCAUUGUGACUGGUCCAUGUCUGAUGCAUUCCAUGUUGUGGAACAAAAAUACUGGUAACGCUUGAUUUCUGUUGCAUUCUUUCCACUAAUACUAGUACUUAGAUCUCUCUUCUCCUGUAGUUUAUGGGCGAUGGUAAGAACCUGUUUGACUGGUCAGUCAGUCUGAUGGUAAAGAUGUCUAGUACAGGGUAGAUGUUGUAGGUGCUCUUACUACCCCACUUAAGAAAAUAUC